UUUGGUGUUAAACAUAUGAGUCGUAUAAGGACUCUCGCUCUCUUUCCUUCUCUAUCUCUUCAUCCGUCUAUAUAUCUCACCCACUUACGCUAUUUCUAUUGUACUUGUCAUAGUAUUGUGUGUAAGUGAGUUGCAUGCAUUUGCCAAAAAAAGCUCAUCCUUUGCUUUUUUUGCCAACUGCGAGCCAAUUUAGAUUGGAAUAAUCCGGAAAAAUAGUUGAUGCGCUGCCACAACAAGGUGCUUUGGCGCAACACAAACACAUAAAAACAACUGAAAAUAUACAAAUCGCAUAUAAGCAAGCAAACAAGCGAAGCACACACAACAGACAUGAAUGACCAAGUAGUAGCCAAACCGCAUUUCAAAUAGCUUAGGUCAGGCAUAUCGAACGGUUGAAAUCACAUAACUUUUUAAAUUUCAAUUUUACACAUUCUGCAGUCGCAGUGCGAAAUUGGUUGAAACAUAACGUCGAAAAUCAACAAAAUACACCAAAUAAUAAAACAAACUCAGUCAGUGUAAAGAGAAAAAAAGUCAAAUAAAAAAAGUUCAAUCGACGAAAGUCGUAAUUGUAGCAAUUAUGCAGUUUUCGCAUUAUAUUUUGGUUGUGCUCACCUUGUGCGAAGGGUUUUUAGCGAGCAGUGCAAGUGGUGUUACAUUGAAUCUAUAUAAAAACAAAGAUGUCUUGGCAACACGAACCAUUCCCGAUUUAACGGCAUUGAAUUCAAAAUUGGGAAACAGCGACCAAAAAAAUGAUUAUUUUAUUAAGUUACUGCAAGCAUGGGACAAUUUAAAUUUCGAUCGAACAUUCAUAUCAAGAGAUCUGGAAUUUACGGUAGUCGUACCAUCGGUGGAUAUAUCGAAAAUAAACCGCGAUCGACUCAAAGAAUUCAUUUUCGAGCAUUUGAUACCAGGCGAAGCGUUCACCACAUUCAACGAAGAAGAUCUCUAUGGAAAUUCAAACAAUCAUUUGAUUAAAUUUACACAUUUGAACAAAUUCAACGAAAGCAUUUGGGCACUGAAUGACUUAAAGAUUCUUCGAACGGCUGUUCUCAACAAACAGUGCUCGGUCAUCUAUAUCGAUGGUGUACUUGGUGACAAACGAACUCUCUUUUCGAAACGAAAUAUUCAUGAUAACAAUCGAUACAAUGAACCGCAAAAACUCGAAUGGAAAAAUGCCACCAAAGAAGAAGUACUACCAUCCAAAUAUGAACUCAAACAAAAUGCUCUCGUCACAUUUUUGAUGAACAUGAAAACUGGCACAAAAGUUUUUCAACAUUUUCUCAUGAAAUCGAAUUUGUCGCAUUUGGUCGAUGAAAAAGCCUACACCAUCAUGAUACCUGUGGAUAGUGCAUUCCAGCGAUGGCAUCCAAUCGAUUGGGGCUUUUACCCGUUUAGUGUUUCAGAAUUUACCGAAAAUAUUCUACGCAAUCAUUUUCUUCAAUUGAAAGCCCCGAUUCGUAUGCAAGACAUUAAAAAGGCUACAGAAAUCUCAAAAGUCAAAACAAUGGGCGGUGAAACCGUCACAUUCCGGAAUUCACCCUUACCUACGGUCAAUAAUGUAACAAUAACCGCCGACUACACACUUCCAGAUGGUUCGCAAGUUCUGCUGAUUUCAGAAGUUCUUUUUGUAUCCGAAGCGGUUGUAUCGAGAUUACAUCAAAUGCACAAAGACAAAGAAACUCCGCCACUUUUGGCAUUCCCAUGGUUCGGAGCACAAUUUUUGUCACACUCAUUUUUGGCUUUGGAACGAGAUCCACGAUUCACCUUUGUUACCAAGCUGUUGAACAAUGCUGAAAUCGCUCCUUAUGUACCUGGUGCAAACUAUACAUUCUUUGUGCCAAUGGACGAUGCAUUCCACAAGCACGAAUUGAAUGAACUGAGUGAAGAAGACAUGUCAUCGGAAACCGCUAUUAAAUUUCUCUUGAAUCAUUUCAUAAAAGGUCGACUGUACGAUCGCAAUUUGAAGCAUGACGAAGUGUUUGAAUCGAUUGGUGGUACUGGCUUGAAAAUUCAACGAAUUGCACCAGGUAAUGUGACAGUGAAUCAUGCCCACAUCGUAGAGUCCGAGGUGUUUGUAUACAAUUUGGGUACAAUGUACUACGUUGACGACAUACUUUAUCCAGAAAUAUUUGGUAAAAUGGUAAAAGCAACCAAUUCGCCAACAACAACUGUACCAACAACAUUUAAAUUAACAGCAAGUCCCGAUGCUGAUAUCGAACCAGUUCCGGCCGUGACUCAGUCAGGUGAACAAGGUAAAGAUAUAUUCGUAUUGAAUGAAAGAGGUGGAAAUAUUGACGAAAGCAGCGAUUUUGAUCACGAUGGUGACGAUGAAGACGAUGACGAUGAAAUUGUAACACCACGUGCGUUGCCAGUGCAAUUUAUGAUUGAACCGCCAAAGAAAUAAGUCUGUAGAUGUGUUUUUUUAUGAUACGCUGUACGUAUUUAAGUGACUCAAACCCCAUUAUUGUUAAUUCACCGCAAUAAAAACCACUUAGCGACUAUCAUAUUUAAUAUUAGACAUUUGAAAUUAAAAUAAAACAAAAACAAAUUUUUUCAUUAGACUUUAAAUUAUAUACAUUUAAACUAUAUUGCUGUAUUGACCUGCGAUGAGAAAAAUCAACAAAAAAAACAAAACUGAUAUCAUAUGUGUAACCAACUGCUGUACUGUAUUUUUUAAAAAGUGAAUAA